UUGCCCCGACCCAGUGCACCGGGGAGGAGCCACACUGUUAAGAAUAAAAGUUUGGGUUUGGAUGACUCCCCGUUACGUCUCCUGCUCCGUGACACAGCAUGACAUCAAGUACAGUCAGCUUUAAUGUGAACAGAGAACUGCUCAAACAUGAACAUGAAGCCACCCAAAGAAACACGGUACUGUAUACAGAAAUUUACAUUUAAUCCUAAAGAGGGAAUAGACAACCCCCUGAUGGUCCUCACCGAAGAAUCGACACCCAGACCACGUCUCUGUGUGCUUAAAAAGGAAGAAGGGGAGGCCUAUGGCUUUCAUUUGAGAGUGGAAUGGGUGAAACGAGGACAUAUUAUCAGAAAUGUAGUUUCUGGGGGGAUUGCGGGGCGCUGUGGACUCGAAGAUGGAGACAGGCUUCUUGAAGUCAACAACGUUUAUGUCGAGGAUGCUUCUCACCAGGAGGUGGCCAGGAGAAUAAAGCUAAGUGGACAUCACUUGUGCUUAUUGGUUCUGGACGGGGACGCAUACGAAAAGGCAACCGCCAAAGGUCAUGACCUCCGUGAUCUUGUCAAAGCAUAUAAGGGUGAAGACUUGAAGCCACCUAGACUGUGUCACAUCACCAGAGAUCCUGUCUUGGGUCUGGGCAUGAACUUCACACCUGUUGGAGCUGAAAAGGGUUGCUUCUCUGUCAGCCUGGUGCCUGGAGGGGCAGCUGAAAAGGCCGGCGUACUCAAGGGGGAUCGACUGGUGUGGAUGAAUGGAGCCGUGGCUUCAGAUCUCACACACUCUGCACUCAGCAGAAUGAUGAAAAAAUGCGGCAAUUACAUCACCAUCCUAGUGAUCGACAGCAAGAGUGAGAAGAAGUACACUAAACUAAAAAUGCCCAUACUCCCUACUAUGGCGGUUCCACACCAUCUGCCUUAUAGAUCGAAAAAAUUCGAGUUGGAUUUGGCGCCUGAAGGUUACGGUUUCCUCCUUCGCUUCGAGAAGGCCCCUUCAGGACGUACAGCUCAUGUGCUGCGUAAGGUGGAUGCUGGCAGUCCAGCAGAGAGGGCUGGGAUCCGAGAUGGCCAUAUACUGCUGGAGGUGAACGGAGAGUCUGUGGAGUUCCUACAGCAUGACGAGAUUGUGACAAGAGUGCGAGAGAGUGGCCGACAUAUCUCACUGACCACAGUUAUUCCGCAGGGCCAUGAGUUUUACACACAGUUAGGACUGUCACCUCUCAUCUUCUGUGAGGAUGAUGCUAUUCAAAUGGAAAGCAGAGAACCAGUCCACGCAUCAGAACAUUGCCUGCAAACUGUAGGUUCAUCUAAGACCAGGCUCUGUUCUCUUCAAAAAGGCUCCUUGGGGUAUGGCUUCAACCUUGGCUGUAGACCACAGUGUUCUGGGAUCUUCAUCAGUCAAGUGGCCCCAGGAAGCCCGGGUAAGAAAGCAGGACUAAGAAUGGGUGAUAUCGUGAUAGAAGUAAAUGGACAAAAUGUGGAGGACCAAUACCUUGAAGAUGUAAUUAUGCUUGUGAAGGAAGGAGGGCCUCGCCUUUCCUUACUCGUUAAGGAUAACGAGGGCUAUGACGACUUGAAAAAGCGCGAAACACUUUCUUCCACCGCCAGUGAGGGCGAAGAAACAGAAGUCUCACGUUUGUGAAAUGACUUCAAUCGGCAUGACAACAAACACUCCAUGCUGUGCACGUUCUGAUGGGACUUCCUCAACUCAGUCAGUGUUAAUAUUAACUGGCGACUCAUUUGAAUAGCCUUAUAUGCAUGGUGCAUAAAAUAUCCAAAUCGUACAAAUAUUCUCUCCAUUUUACCGCAUCACACAUAAUGCAGUCAAAUGUGCUACUUGGAUAAUUCACUUUUUUUUUUUUUUUUUACUCACAUGUUGAUAUUUUUUUCUGUAUUCCAGGACUGAA